AUGGCAUACCUAAUGGAAACAAGGAUGAUAGCCGAAACCAACAGCUACGGGCUUUGGCAGCAGCGCUGCCCCGACGCGUUCGAAGAAUAUGUUGACAAUUUUGCAGGGAGUUCCCAGUGUUGCGGCAGCGGCAAUUGGGAGUUUGCUGUAUUUGCGACAAUAGAACAACAAGGCGUUAUGUACAUGCAAUCUGCCGGCGGGAGAGCACUCCAGAAUCUGGCACUGGAUCAGAACAACAAGGGCGGCAUCGCUAGCGCCGGAGGUAUUCAAGUCCUCGUGGCCGCCAUGGAACAAUUCCCCGACGACUCCGCCGUGCAAAUGGGCGGCUGUGGGACUUUUCAGAAUCUCGUAUGGGGCAACGACGAAAACGGAACCCGCAUUGUACAAGCCAAAGGGAGUUGACUGUAUUCCCAAAGCCAGUACCAACAUCUUUGUGGCCUAUAUUGCCAGUAGCCUUUUUCUAUUCACGGUGCAACCGUCCGUUGCUUGAUUUUUUGCAAUCAGUGCUGCAAAAGGAAAACCAAAGGAGGUAGCCGCUCCCGUCCGUCGCUUGAUGUUUCGCAAUCAGUGUUGCACAAGGAAAACCAAAGGAGGUAGCCGCUUCCGUCUGUUGCUUCCUGAGGCUGAGAACAAUACCUUGGUAAGCACAUUGUGUUCCAAUUCUAAUUUUUGUAAACCUGUACCACUAGAUGCACAACACAAUAAGAACUCCAAAGUAUU